CUUGCCUUUUCCACCGUUAAUUUGUCAAUUUCAAACCUCCCAAUUCGUCUACACUCUUUUCAUUUGUUUAAUAACACCUGUAUUAUAUAUUUCUCUUUGACCCCUUGCACACACACACACACGCACACAUACACAAACACACACAUACACAUACAUACAACCUCCAACCACACAAAGACAUGAACCGCAAGCUGCUGGAUCCGUUUGACCAGAUCAAAUGUGCAUACUCCCACCACGGCUCGCUACUAGCCACAGCGCGCUCCGACGGGCAGUGUUAUAUCUGGGACAUGGACACGCUCAGUAUCAUGCGCAAGCUUGAGCACGGCGAUGCAGCACUGACUGGGCUGAGCUGGUCGCGGAGCGGUCGGUAUAUAUUGACAUUUGACGGGUCCGGCGUGUGUAUUCUGUGGGACCUGAAAACUGAGACUAUGCGUGCCCGCGUGGAGUUCGACUCUGCCAUUGCCUGUGCGCGAAUGCACCCGCGCAAUAGCUUGCAGUUCAUUGUGUGCCCUGUGCGCGAGGCGCCGUGCCUGGUCACUGCGGCGUCGCCGACUGUGGCACCGAUCUGCAUUUCAGCCGAUGGAAUUGACCAAAAGACCAAGGCGGCGGCUAGCACGUGCUGUUGCUUCGGCAAAAAGGGCGUGUAUGCCUUCUUUGGCUCGUCCAAGGGUGUGCUGUCCAGCAGUGCCGUCAACACCAUUGCGCGCAACCCGCGCGGCACUGACAUUGUUACAAACUCGUCGGACCGCACGCUGCGGGUGUGCCAGCCGUCGAUCACUGUGACAACCAAGAUCCAGGACAUUGUCAACCGCGUGCACUGGAUCCAGGCUAUAUUUAGCUCCUCGGGCGACUAUAUUGCCGAGCAUAACAUUUACAUCUGGGACAAGUUCACCGGCAGCCUCGUCAAGGUCCUCACAGGCCCCAAUGAGCUUCUGGAGGACUGCGCAGUGCACCCGCUGCGCCCUAUCUACGCGUCGAUAUCGACAUUUGGCAUUAUCUACCUAUGGACUCGCGUGCCGCAGCAGAACUGGAACGCCUUUGCGCCGGGCUUUCGUGAGCUCGAGGAGAACAUUGAUUUUGUCGAGCCUGAGGAUCUGUUUGACCGCCGGAUAGCCAUGGCCGACGGCUCGUUUGUAGACUGCGCCGAGGACCGCCUUUUGUGUGAGAAGCGUGUGGCUAAUGCGGCAGUGGAGGGCGAUAUGGACGCCGACGUCGACAUCACCGACGACGAUCCGCUGUUCAGUGACUCAGGCUCUGAAUCUGAAGACGAGCGGUUCUUGCUGCCGGUGGUUGUCGACUGCGACGAAGAGAUGCUGCCGCCUGCCGUCACGCCCUCAGCCGAGCCAAUGGUCGCUGCGGCCGAAGAGAUUGCCAGAGCGGUCGACCACGGCCAAGUCAUUGCCGAGCUCAUUGAACCGGCGCGGACAGUCGCGAUGCCUUGAAUAAUUCAUUUGCGCGGCUCAAAUAUUAUGUCCUUAAUGAGCCGAGUCAGAGCUGAUUAAAAUUUACAGGUGUUGAGAAAAUUCGCUGUUUUCGCCCGCUUGGUUUUCAAUGUUAUCUCAGUCUCUGCACGAUAUUUGCAUUUCAGUGUUCGUCAAUUUUCUGAAUUUGCUUUGCUUUGCGAUUUUUAUUUUUUUAUUUUUUUACCUUAACAUUUUGAGCACUCUUCACGCCGUCGA